AUGUCCGACACACACCGUCACCAGAAGAACCUGAUCUCUGUUUACCGCAAACGGAUCGGUAGCGAAAAUGAUUUGAAGAAAAGAGACAAACAUUUCUCAAAACAACGAAAACUAUCGGAGAAAGAGUCGGAUAUCGCGGACACUAAGCAUAAGUUAUCGCAGUCGUUGAUCUCAUUGUUUGACAAUGAGAUAAACAACACUUACGUGUUCAAGUCGCCCCUACAUUGGGAUGAGGUGUUCCGGAAUGUGACCAAACAGUACGGCCCGGUAUUCACGUUCUGGUUCGGGACUACACCGCAGGUUAUUGUGACGGACAGUGAGUUAGCCCGCGAGGCUUUCCGCAAGAAUGACUUCGCCGGCAGAACUGAUUCCUAUUUCGGCAGUCAGUUCUCUAACGAUGAGUUUACGGACGUAAUUAUGGCUGAUUAUGGCCACGAGUGGGAGGCUUUGAGACGGGUCGCCCACUCGGCUAUUCAGAAGUACUCGUCAAAUGAUAAAUUAGUGUAUUUAGCCAAUGAGUCGGUCGACCGGACGGUGAACACCAUAAUAGAGAAGGAAGGGCUGAACAAACCGUUUGUACCGCACGAGUAUAUAUUCCUAAUGUUUCUCAACAUUCUGGCUACCAGUGCCUUUGGACAGAGCUAUGAUUUAGAAGACAAGGAGUUUAAAGAACUUAAAUAUGGGAUCAAAGACUUUGGACGCGAAGUCGGCGGAAGGAUUUUGUUGUGGGAAUUCUUACCUAUAAUUCGUGUAUUGGAUAGAAAAAUGGUUAAAAAACAAAAGGCUGUGACAAGAGGUGUCAUCGACUUAAUUAGACAU